AUGUCCAAGCGCGCUGCCGAUCGCCACGAUGAAAUGGAGCACGACGCCAAGGCUCCUGAUUUAGGCAAUGGAGCCUCUCGCAUGCGCACUGAUCAAGUCAAUGACAAUAUGGGUGACUUUGAAGACGCUUGGGAAGACGACUAUGAGUCUGGUGAAGAGAACCAAGACGGCGAUGGUAUGGAAGUGGAUGAGGAAAUGGAUCAAGAGGAUGAUGAUGAGCAACAAGAGGAACAAGAAGAACCCGAAUUGCGUACAUACCUUCCUGGCCAACCUUUAGAAGAGGGUGAAACGCUUGAAGCUGAUCAAUCGGUUUAUGUCAUGUUGCACAAUCUCGAUGUACGUGCUCCUUUCCUCAGCUUUGACGUUCUUCAAGAUAACCUUGGUGAUGAGCGAAAGAAUUUCCCUGCAACUGCCUAUGUAGCAGCUGGUACAUCGAUUCCUGGUGCUCGUGACAAUGAGGUGUUGGUUAUGAAAAUGUCACAAUUACACAAGACACAACAAGAUGAUUCCGAAGAUGAGGACGAUGAUCCAGAUGCUUUGGAUGAAGACCCUGUACUCGAAUACCGUUCUAUCCCACACAAUGGUUGUGUGAAUCGUUUGCGUGUGAUGCCUCAACAAGAUCAACGACACAUUGCAGCUACUUGGGCUGAGACCGGCAAAGUCCAUGUGUUUGAUUUGUCACCUUAUAUGAAGAGUUUGGAUGUGCCUGGUACAGCUCUUCCCAAAUCCAACAAGCCAUUUGCUACUAUCAACAACCAUGGUCGUUAUGAAGGUUACGCUCUUGAUUGGUCAAGUCUUGAUGCAGGUCGAUUGUUGUCAGGUGACAAUGCAGGUCUCAUUUAUAACACCACCAUCACACCUUCUGGUGCAUCCACCGAUUCAGCACCCUUCCGUGGACACAAAUCCUCGGUUGAAGAUUUGCAGUGGUCUCCUUCAGAGCGUAACGUUUUUGCUUCAUGCUCGGCUGAUUACACUGUAAAGAUUUGGGAUACUCGCAACAAGAAUCGAUCAGCUGUCAGUGUCAAGGCAAGCAAUUCCGAUAUCAAUGUCAUUACUUGGAAUCACAAGGCUAGCUAUUUGCUUGCUAGUGGUCAUGAUGAUGGUGUCUUUAGCGUUUGGGAUCUUCGACAAUUCAAGAGCAAUGCACCUACACCUGUGGCCACCUUCAAAUGGCACAAUGCUCCUAUCACAUCCAUCGAAUGGCAUCCAACGGAAGAAUCUGUGCUUGGUGUCUCUGGUGCAGAUGAUCAGGUUACUUUGUGGGACUUGUCGGUGGAACCAGAUGCUGAAGAAGAAGGUCGAUUCACAAGUGAGGGUGUCCAAGUGCCCCCACAACUUUUGUUCGUGCAUCAAGGCCAGAGUGAGAUCAAGGAGAUUCACUGGCAUAAGCAGAUUCCCGGUUGCGUUCUCAGCACAGCCAAUACUGGUUUCAACAUCUUCAAGACCAUCUCCAUUUAG